AUGCCUUCCUUCUUGUCGCAAGUUCUCGGGACAUGGGAACUUCUUUCGUACACCGCAGUCAAUGUUGUGAACACCGAAGACAUCUUCUACCCUAUGGGGAAAGAAUGCAAGGGACAUAUCAUGUAUACCGAGGAUGGAUACAUGGCGGCCAUUCUUCAAUCGAGCGACGUUGAACCGUACGAACCCGACUGGACACAAGGUACGACAAGAGAGUUGGCCAAUGCAGCUAAAAAGACGUUGUCCUAUUGCGGGCCGUUCUAUCUCGACGAGAAGCCAGGGAACAAGCAGACGCUCCUACACCAUGCGAAGAUUAGCCUUCCGCCAAACUGGAUCAAUACCAUCCAACUUCGAGAGGCAGAGCUGGAGGUGGAUAAUGGACAAUACUUCCUGACCCUUGGACCCAGAGAAUGCUUGGUGCACAAGGGUAUUCAGAGAAUCGUCUGGCUCAGAUGGAGGAAGCUUCCACGCAAUGAAACAAGCAAUCUUCCAGGAGAAGCAAAGCGCUGA